AUGGAAUUAAAGAAGAACAAUAAAUUAUUGACACACAACAGUUCAUCCACUGGAAUCACAUCAAAUGCAAAUAGGAACCAUAAAAUGUCUAAUAAAGUUUCAACCCCACUCAUUUUACAUUUAUCUAUUGCUAUAUUUGUUUUAGCAUGUGCACUUCUUGUAAACGUUGCUUCAGCGGCCUCAGCUAGUAAACAAAAUUCGAAUAACUUUGUUUCACCGCUUUUAGUAGGAUUUGGGGCAUUAAGCGUCGAAGAGUCAGAAGAGUUCAAAAGAAUGGCUUGGAACAAUUGGAUGUUGAGGCUAGAGGCUGAAUGGAAAGAGUUACAGGAAUCUAUAGAAGAAUUAAAAGAAAAAUGCCUUGAAGAAAAAGAAUCAGAAUUUUCAGAUUGGUUAAGUUCUUUACAAAAUAAAUGGUAUCAUUAUAACAAAGCAAUGCUUAAAGAGUAUAAAUGUAAUGUUAUGGAAAAUUCAUCGAACUGGAAUGAUGCUCAAUGGGAAAAUUGGGUAAAAAAUGAAGGGUUAAAAAUUAUCGAAGAACAAUGGAAAACAUGGAUUAAAAAACAGGAUGAGCAGAUAAGAGAUUUAACCUUACAUAAAUGGAUUCAAUGGAAAAAUGAUAAAAUUAGAUCAUGGUUAUUAUGUGAAUGGAAAUCCGAAGAAGAUUUUUAUUGGACAAAUUGGGAACGUUCUUCAACAGCAAAAUGGUUACAAGAAGCAGAAAAAGCACAUUGGAUGAAAUGGAAAGAAAGAAUUAAUAGGGAAUCUGAACAAUGGGAAAACUGGGUUCAAAUGAAAGAAAGUAUUUACAUCAAUGAAAAAUGGGCAAAAUGGGCCCAAUGGAAAAAUAAUAAAAAACAUUUAUUUAACAAAUGGUCAGCUAGCCUUAUUUAUAAAUGGACUUUGAAAAAACAAUGGAAAGUUUGGAUUAAGGAGGCAAAUAAUACUACUACCAUGAAUGAUAUUUAA